CCUGCGCCCGAGCGAAGUUGCCCACGCAAAGGCAACUGCGGAGAGAUGAAGAUCAAAGAUGCCAAAAAACCAUCUUUUCCAUGGUUUGGAAUGGAUAUUGGUGGAACGCUAGUGAAACUUGCAUAUUUUGAACCUAUAGAUAUUACGGCAGAAGAAGAGCAGGAAGAGGUUGAAAGUCUGAAGAGUAUUCGCAAAUAUUUAACAUCAAAUGUGGCCUAUGGGUCCACUGGUAUUCGAGAUGUCCACCUUGAACUUAAAGACUUGACACUCUUUGGACGAAAGGGAAAUUUGCACUUUAUCAGAUUCCCAACGCAUGACUUGCCUACUUUUAUUCAAAUGGGAAGAAAUAAAAACUUUUCCACACUACAUACGGUGCUUUGUGCCACUGGUGGUGGUGCUUAUAAAUUUGAAGAAGAUUUUCGCACAAUUGGAGACCUUCAGCUGCACAAAUUGGAUGAACUUGAUUGUCUCGUCAAAGGCUUGCUGUAUAUAGAUUCUGUCAGUUUUAAUGGCCAGGCAGAAUGCUACUAUUUUGAAAAUGCAUCAGAACCUGAAAGAUGCCAAAAGAUGCCUUUUAACUUAGAUGAUCCAUACCCUUUGCUGGUUGUAAACAUUGGCUCAGGAGUCAGUAUUUUAGCAGUUCAUUCCAAAGACAACUACAAGAGAGUGACCGGAACAAGUCUAGGUGGCGGGACCUUUCUUGGUUUGUGCAGUUUACUGACCGGAUGUGAAAGUUUUGAAGAAGCUCUAGAAAUGGCAUCCAAAGGCAACAGCACGCAAGCUGACAAGCUAGUCCGGGAUAUUUAUGGGGGAGACUAUGAACGGUUUGGCUUACCAGGAUGGGCAGUGGCAUCUAGCUUUGGGAAUAUGAUCUACAAAGAGAAACGGGAGUCUGUCAGCAAAGAAGACCUGGCUAGAGCAACCUUGGUUACUAUCACCAACAACAUUGGAUCUAUAGCACGAAUGUGUGCUGUAAAUGAGAAAAUAAACCGUGUUGUCUUUGUUGGUAACUUUCUACGUGUGAAUACUUUAUCAAUGAAGCUUUUGGCAUAUGCACUGGAUUACUGGUCCAAAGGCCAGCUGAAAGCUUUGUUCCUUGAACAUGAGGGGUACUUUGGAGCAGUUGGUGCCCUCCUUGGAUUGCCAAAUUUCAGCUGAAGCUCAAAGCACCACAAUACUGAAUUGUUCUCUACCUUUCUGGCAUUAUUACAUAAUUGUUUUUAUAUCAACUGGAAGAGCGGAAGGGCUGCAGUCUUUCUAUAAAUGUCUUUAACAGAAGGAUAAAACUAUCUCAUUGUUGACAUCUGGGUGCUCCUAUAAGAAGCACUUGGUAGCGGAGUUGAAUCUCUAAUCCAUUUCAUCAACAUUCUCCAACUUGGUACCCCUUCUAAUUUCUCAGCUGGUAUAGCGGUUAAGUAUGCUGGUUGUGAUACAUAAAUAAAGGGCAUCAAGCUGGGGAAUGCCGUAAUAGGCAUUUAAUACUCAGCAUAUGUCUUAAACUCAAAGACAUAAUCUUAACUGUCUAGACCCUUCAAUACUAAUCCUGUUUUGCUUCAAAACUAUUCUUAAGCAAUUGGAUUGCAUGUCAUUGCACAAGGUUUGACAUAGCCUUGUGCUCAGAGUUCCUUUAGAUUUCCAAUCAACUCCAAAACUGAUUGUAGCCAUGAAUGAAGAAAGGAUCUUAGAUGCAAGGUAUUGUGUUUCAAUGCAAGUAAGUUACAGCAUGUUGAAAUACUUAAUUCAGGCAUCAGUGUUAAAUUUCCAAACAUUAAACGUAAACACAUCAGCAACGGUUUUGUACAAUUGAUUUAAUGAAUUAAACAAUCAAGCACGUGUGUGUAACUACCAGCGGUAUAAACCAGACAUUACUUUCAGCAGUUUCAAAAGGUGACAGUAAAAAAAAUAUCCAUAUAUCUCAGAAUUACUUCUGUAAACAGUGCCAGCAGAUACAGUGGUGUGGCAAAGGCUGGAAAAACAGAUCUAAUAAAAUGCCUUUGGUGUGACUUCCCAGCUCCAAGAAAGUGAGUUGAUCUCAUUGCACCUCUAUUGACUUAAGAAUAUUAAGUUGGGACUAGGUUGUGUCCUUAAACCAUUAUGGCAGCUAUAGAGGUUGAACUGCAGAGUCAACAGUUCCAGUGUUUUCAUUGUACCCAAGUAAACUGUUCCAGUGGUGCAACAGUGUGGCCUUGAGAUAAGCUCCUAUACUUAACUUUAUGCCAUUUCAGAUCCAAUUGUAAAGUUUACAAUAGUGGCGUAUUUAAUAGACUGCUGCAACAAAGCUUACUAUAAGACCUCAGCAAAAAAAGAAUAAUCUCAGAAAAGAAACUUUCUAUGCACAAGGAUGUAAUUAUUGUAUCCUGGAGGAAUAUGCAGUUACCCAAUCCAUGAAUUAAAUUUUCUAGAAGGG